CUCAACUGUUUUAAAACUAAAGUAAAAUAAGAAAAUUAAUGAGCGUAAUGAAGAGGGUUAAACCGGACAGCACACCUUCUGAAGCGGACAGAGUAACUGGACAGAGAAUCCUCUUCACAGGUCCAGAUGGCAUUGGAGAUUUCCGUCCCAGACUGGACUUUUUCCCCCGCAGCAUCGGGAUCGGCUCUUUAUCUCCAGAUGCCACGAGUGAUUUGGGUUUCCUCUUCCGGGCUGCACCGAAUGCGCCUCCACCGUUAGCCAAACACAGACACACUGGAGAACUGGGCUGGGGCUUGCAGUUCUCCACUCUACUCAACAGACCCACUGACAUCUACUGCAGACAAUAUGAGGUUCGCUCCGGCCCAGAUCCAGAACAAGCAGCAGAGCGUCAAGAGGAACCACAGCACACAUGAUCCCUACAGCGAGAACCACAACAAACACUUCCAGCUUAACAAGAAAAGCACAACCGGACACCAGUAUACUUUUUUCACAUGACACAAGUCAAAUGUUUCUUCACUGCUGCUUCUUUA